ACGCGGGGGCCCUAGACGCAGGCGGGGAGCAAUGGCUGCGUGGGGUGAGCGGCUGGCAGGCGUGCGCGGGGUGCUGCUCGACAUCUCGGGCGUGCUGUACGACAGCGGCGAGGAUGGCGGCAGGCCGAUCGCCGGCUCCGUGGAGGCGGUGGCGAGACUGAAGCAGUCCCGGCUGAAGGUGAGGUUCUGCACCAACGAGUCGCAGAAGUCCCGGGGGGACCUGGUGCAGCUGCUUCAGCGGCUGGGCUUCGACAUCUCAGAGGGUGAGGUGACCGCCCCGGCCCCGGCCACCUGCCUGAUCCUGAAGGAGCGAGGCCUGCGGCCACACCUGCUUAUCCACGACGGAGUACGCUCGGAAUUUGAUCAGAUCGACACGUCCAACCCAAACUGUGUCGUAAUUGCAGACGCAGGAGAAAACUUUUCUUAUCAAAACAUGAAUAAAGCUUUCCAGGUGCUCAUGGAGCUGGAAAAUCCUGUGCUUUUCUCACUAGGAAAAGGACGCUACUACAAGGAGACCUCUGGCCUGAUGCUGGACGUUGGUCCCUACGUGAAGGCACUUGAGUAUGCCUGUGGUAUUGAAGCUGAGGUGGUGGGGAAGCCUUCCCCUGAGUUUUUCAAGUCUGCUCUGCACGAGACGGGAGUGGAAGCCCACCAGGCCAUCAUGAUUGGGGACGACAUCGUGGGUGACGUCGGUGGUGCCCAGCGGUGUGGGAUGAGAGCGCUGCAGGUGCGGACUGGGAAGUUCAGGCCCAGUGACGAGCACCACCCGGAAGUAAAGGCUGACGGGUACGUGGACAGCCUUGCGGAGGCCGUGGACCUGCUGCUGCAGUUCACGGACAAGUGACAGGCCCUCUGGGAGGGCCUCCAGCCUCCUGCCACCCUCCCCUGUGCCCAGACCACCCAAGACACUGCCCUCUGCCCUGGACGGGCAGGCGAAAGGGUGCCAGGCGGGCAGUUCUGGGCCGCCCUGCCCCUGAGCCACCAGCCCCUCCUCUGUCUCCAUCUGCUGACCAUCCCCCUCCCCCUCCCCGUCACAUCUUCCAGCCGCCUGUGCUUCCCUAGGGAAGUCGAGAGGUGGGGCACAUCUGUUGAAUCCCCAAACGCAUUCUCUCUCCAGUCACGCCAGUCCUUUAAAUGUGCUACCGAAUUGGACUCAGGCAUUGGCCCACUGCCUCUUAUCAAACAGUCCUUUGCAUUCUCAGGAAGCGCCUAGAGAAAGCGGGGCCUCCCGAGCACAGCAGCCGGAGCUGAGCCAGCCUCCCCGGGACUGCUCGGCAGCCCCUGCCCUCACCUGGUGUCGGAGGGGCCCCUCAGCGCUGCCCACGCUCCCCCCCAAGUGAUGCAGCCCACCUUUCCCAUCCCAAGUCACCUCUGGAGCCAACGUGGAGCGGCUCCCGGGCACUUCCAAGUCUGCCGUCCUUCAGAGCUAGAAUUGUAACCUCUGGAAUCCAGGUUGUAGGUGGAGGGUACCUUCUGGAGCCUUAACUCGAUAGACUUGAAUGUGUCACACCCAGGACACUAAUAGGUGAAUAAACUCUGCCCUGACCUGCGGCGACUCAGGCUCUGACUGCGCGGCGGGGUGGGAGGAGGCACCAUCCCUGAUCCUGCUCUGGACUUGAGCCCGUGCACAUCGGAGGGCCAGGGCCCUGAGGCACUUGGCCUGCUUCAAACCCUUCAUUUAACAGAGCGGGAAACUGAGGCCCCAUGGGGACCAGGUGGACGGGGCGAGUGUGGGCCUUCCCUCACGCAGCAGCCGGGGCCCCCAGGGGUGAGCCGAGGGCUUCCCGCGUUCACGCACAGCCCAAGUGUCAGGUUUCAGAAUCAAUCAGCAGAACAGAUAACUUGAUUUCUCUUUUUCUCCCCAAAUCCAUCCAGAAGCCACUGACGAAUCUUGGGAGACUUCUCAUGAAAGACGUCCCGAGCCCUCCUUCCAUUAAGUGAAGGCAGAUGAUGAUAAAACACUCAGCCCUGAACCUGAGUUCCUGGCACAGGAGCCCAGGGCUGGCGGGGGGGCCAUGUGGUCCCCAGGCCUUGCCCGCCAGGCCGGCCACCAUUAAAUCAGGAUCAGGAAGAAAUGGUGGUGGCUCUUUUCAUCAAAAUGAGAGGCCACCGACCAGGCUGGUGUCAUUGGCUUGUGAGGGAGGAGGGGCAUUUGGCUCGUUAGCUGGGAAAUAUGCAGAUGGCCUGCUCCUGUGUGGAGUCCCCUAAUCCCAGCUCGUUAGGUGACCAGCACGGUGCAGGCAGCAGGCACGGGGGCUUGGAGGGGUGACUGUGCUGGGACGGGCCUGCAGCCUUCUAUUGUUUGCUUCCUUUCUUCCUUCUUUCCGUUCAUGUGGGCUGCCCUUGCCUGCUGUCCUCGGCAGGGGCUUGCUGCCAGGCCAGUGCGGCUCUGGAGGAAGGAGGCUGGUGGUCCUGCUCUCCAUGCAUAAGCAGAGCCUCCCCUUGAGAGCUGCUGCCCAGGAGUGGGGGCGGAGAGGGCCUCAGAGGGACAGAAGGCUGACCCCUGCUUUGGGCAGAGAACAUGCUGCCCACCACCCUGAGCUGUGGGUUCAGUGACGUGGACACUGUCAUCUCCCCAUUUUACAGAUAAGGAAACUGAGGUGCAGAGAAACUGAUUUGCCUACGGGCUGACGGCUGGCAAGAGCAGAGCCAAGGCUCAGAUCAAGGCAUCCACCGAGCACCACCGGGCGCCAGGCCAGGCCAGGGUGCCCUGUCACUCCACUGGGGGUGCUGACCCGUCCUCCUGCGGCCCUGGGGACUGCCUGGAAGUGAGGAUGACUUCCCUCACCCCUGGGUCCUUCCAGCUGUCGGGCCCUGGCCUGCUGCACAGCCUCCUUCCACACUCCCAAGCAGGGUGGGCACAAUUCUCAAGCCACGGACGGAGCCAUUGGCCGUGGUGGGGCUGGCAGUGACCUGAGGAACUGUCUGUGAUCAGGAGACGUGCCCCAGAUCUGCCACACGGCCAGAAGAACUUGCCAGGCUCUGGGGGGCCCAGCAGAGCUGCUGGGUGGGGUAGGGGCAAGUGGGGCAGAGAAGAAGGCAGGAAGGGAGCUCAAGGGCCUCACCUACCCCCAGAUCUCCCAACUCAAGGGUCCACACAGUACCAGCUCUGCAUGAAAACUCGGGUUAAUCCAGUGGGAGUUUAUCAUGUGCGUGGCUUCCAAGUCCAGGCCUGGCUGGAUCCAGGUCCCAAGAUAGUCCCAGGCUGACCCUGGGCAGGGCAACGGUGACCCCACCCAAACUCGCAUGGGAGAAGAGAGGGGCGUGGCACCAGGAGGACAUCCACACGGUCCUCUCGCUGCCCUGCUGGGAGCUGGGAGCCAGGCUGAGGGGUCCACGUCCUCGCCAGCAGGUGUGCGCCCACCGUGGGGCCCAGGCAGCUGCAGUGCUUCUCUCCUCACAUCAGGGCUGGCACCACCGGGUGAGCUGAGCUGGGGCAGUGCUGCUCGGCCCGGGCCACACCUGGACAACAGGGCCAGCGCCAGACCCAGACCCAAGCACAGCCAGGGACCUCACCUGAGGGGGGCAGAAGAGGAACACCAGGUCCCGUCAGGAGUCAGCGGUCAGAACCAUCCUGCCCUGCAUUUCCUGGGGAGCAGUGCUCACUGGGGGCCUCUCCUUGGCCAGCCCGGGUCCUCAUCAUCCUGCCCAGAUGAAGCUUCCUCUCCGCAUCGCGCUAGGACAGGACACGUCUCCCCAAGGCACGCGUGUGCUUCCCCUUCUCAGACAAGCAAUGUGACAGAGUCCCCCACUUCCCUCUUCUGGUACCAUCGUCCGUCAAGGCCGGCACAUCUGCUUUUCCUCUUUUUUUUUUUUUUAAUAAAUUUAUUUACUUAUUUAUUUAUUUAUUGGCUGUGUUCAGUCUUCAUUGCUGCGUGUGGGCUUUCUCUAGUUGCGGCGAGCGGGGGCUGCUCUUCGUUGUGGUGCGUGGGCUUCUCAUUGCGGUGGCUUCUCUUGUUGCACAGCAAGGGCUCUGAAGCGUGUGGGCUUCAGUCGUUGCAGCACACAGGCUCAGUAGCUGUGGCGCAUGGGCUUAGUUGCUCCGCGACAAGUGGGAUCCUGGACCAGGGAUCAAACCCGUGUCCCCUGCACUGGCAGGCGGAUUCGUAACCACUGUGCCACCAGGGAAGCCUUGCUCUUCCUCUUUCUAAUGUUACCUCCCUCUUUGUAAUCCAACUUUAUGGAUUUCUUUGUGUUACUGAUUUUUAGGGAACCACCUCAAAUCCCUCUAGAAAGAGGAGCA